AUGGCGGGGUGGUGGAAGAUGUUGAUCAAUUUAGGAAUGCGGUCUUUAACCACUUUCGGAAUCAUUUUAAUGAGACUAAUGGUUAUUGGCCUGAGACUAAUGGUGUUUAAAACUCUUAGUGGAGAGGACGGGGCUGAUUUGGAUAUUCUGAAAGAUGAUUUAUUGCGGUUUAUGGUGGAUUUUCAUUCUAACGGGAAGUUAACUAAAGGAGUUAAUAGCACUUUCAUUAUUUUGAUUCCUAAAGUUGCUAAUCCACCGCGGGUGGCAGAGUUUAGGCCUAUUUCGCUAAUUGAAAAAUGUGAUCGGGGGCUGAUUUCGGAUACUCAAUCAGCGUUCAUUGCAGGCAGACAAAUUCUUGAUGGCAUCCUUAUAGAAAAUGAAUUGAGAGUAAUGGUUAGAAUGCAAUUUCCUAUGGUAUGGGGGAAAUGGAUCAUUGAAUGUUUUACUACUUCUUCAGCUUCGGUGCUAGUGAAUGGUAGCCCAACUGAUGAAUUUAAGUUGGAAAGAGGGUUACGGCAGGGUGAUCCGUUAUCACCUUUUCUCUUUUUAAUUGCGACUGAAGGUUUUAGUGUUUUGAUGAAUGCCAUGGUGCGAGAGCGUUUGUAUACAUGGUAUAAGGUGGGAAAUGCGGAUGGCGGCUUAAUGUCUCAUCUUCAAUUUGCUGAUGAUACUUUAUUGACAGGGGUGAAGAGUUGA